AUGCGUGCGAUCGUUGCUUUGAGAGAAUCACGGUCAUCGCUGGGGAAGCUCACAAGCGCGGAUUUGUUGGUGAAGCGCGGUUUCAAUCUCAAAGAGAUCAAAGAAGCUGGUUACACAGCCAAAGAACUCUAUCGUGCGGGCUUCGCAUUUCCAGAGUUUCUCUUGGCAAAAUGCUCGGUGAAGGAAAUGAAAGAAGCGGGAUUCACAGCCGUCAAAAUGAAAGUUGCUGGCUUCUCAGCGCAACAGCUACAAGAUUCCGGCUUUACAGACAAGCAGUUGAAAAACGCUGGUUUCACAGGCAAGCAAAUGAGAGAUGCUGGCUUUUCGCUGAGAAGCCUGCUUAAGGCCGGAUUUACAAUGAGAGAGUUGGGCGCUGCGGGGUUUACCCCGGCACAGUUUCUCGAGGCGAAGUGCUCAAGCCAGCAGUUGAAAGAAGCUGGUUUCACAGCCAAGAGAAUGAUGGUUGCUGGCGUCUCGCUGGAAAGGCUGAAAGGGGCGGGCUUCACAGCGACGGAAUUGAAGCGGGCAGGCUGCUCAUGUCACGAGUUGCAAAAGUCUGGUUUCUCGCAGGAGCAGUUGAAAGAGGCCGGCUUCGCAGCCGGAACGAUGAUCGUUGCUGGCUCCUCACCAGGGGAGCUCAAGGAUGCUGGCUUCACAGCUAGACAAUUGAAAGAAGCCGGCUUCUCAUGCGCACAGUUGCGAAACGCUGGUUUCUCGCCGAAGCAGCUGAAAGAGGCAGGUUUGUCCAUACAGACAUUCACGUGCAGUAUGUGCAGCGGGCUGUCAUUGAGGGAUUUGAAGGAGGCAGGCUUCUCAAAGCCGGAUUUUCAAGAUGCUGGUGUGUCCCUCAGGGACUUGAAGCAGGCUGAUUUUGUUCCAAGAACGCUAAGAAAUGCAGGCUACUCAUCGAGGGAGUUGAAACAGGCAGGUUUCUCUCUCAUGGAAAUCGAACGUGGCGGCUUCUUACUCCGAGAACUGAAGCAUGAUGGCUUCUCGGCAGUGGAGUUGAUGGAGGCUGGCCUCUCAGCUGCCCAGUUGAAGGAGGCAGGUUACAUGCCUACUGAGUUGCAAAAGGCAGGGUUCUCCAUCAAUGAGAUUGAGGCUGCUGGCUUCUCACUCGAAACGCUGAGAUGCACGGGUUUUUCAAUUGUGGAACUUUUGCAGGCAGGAAUCCAUCUCAGUCUCGAUCAAUGCCUGGCAGCUCAUUAUUCGCUUCCCGAACUCAAAGAGGCGGGGUUCUCAGCCCGUGAGCUGAAGGGUGUCUUCCCGCUGCACGAGUUCCAGGAGGCGGGUUUCACAUAUGGUGAGAUGAAGGAGGCGCAGUUUGCAGACACCGCUUUAAGCUGGGCCGGCUUCAAAGUCCUCUUCAUAGAGAUGCAGGAUUUCAUGUCAACAACUCCACCCUCAACGCCUCGAUCUAGCAGCAUAAAGGAUUCUCAAAGAGUGGCAGAGCUCAUUGAGGGGGGCCACACCCUCGAAGAUUUGACCGGGCUUGGUUUCCGACCUAAAGCUUUGACAGCGCACUACACCGUCCACGAGCUGAAAGCUGCUGGCUUCUCGGCCAAGAAGUUGAAGGAGGCGUAUUCUCUCAGAGAGUUGCGAAGGGCUUCCUUCCGAGUCGCAGAGUUGAAGGAGUUUUCAGUUGCAGACUUGAAAUCGGCUGGCUUCUCAGCCGAAGAGUUGAGACAGGAGAACAUCUCGGCUAAACAGUUGAGGGAGGCCGGUUUCUCACCGGCCGAUUUACAUGACUCCGGGUUCACACUUCAAGACUUGAAAACGUCUGGCUACUCCGCAGGGGAUAUGAAGGCGUGUCAUUUUUCCUCGCGAGACAUCAGGGAGGCCUUCUCAGCUCCGCCUGGAAGCUCAGAGCACGACAGCCCGAUGGCUCCGCGUGGAAAGGAUCCAGUUGAACCUCUGCAGGAGAUGCGAGUUAUUGACUGCUUGCGAGCCAUGUGCAAGUGCAGACUUCAGGCAGUGGAAGAUGGAACUCGUGAGCAGCAUCCUUUGGACCGACUCUUUCUGGAACGACCACAGAGCUGCCCCAUGCGGCCCUUGCGGCGCCCCUGCGGCGUGAUCGCAUGCGCCGGUGACACCGAUCGGUGCUGCAUGUGA